GUGAGUGAUGAACAAUCGCUUCGCCAUCUGAGGGAGAGUUUCCAACUCGCAAGUUUUGAAGAAAUCCAAGUGUCGUUUGGUCGGAAACGCAUGCGUUGUGAGUCGUGACCCACCGUUUCAUUACUUUUCGGGGGUGCGGUUACAGUGCCGUGAAGCACGAACAUGAAUUAAUGGGUCGUGUUGUUGUGUCGAAUUAGAAUCGCUCUGUUUCAUUUACCCUUUUCCAUAUCUCGCAUAGAAACGUUUCCUUUACGCUUUCUUUGCUCCAAGUUUUGAUUUUUUAGUGAGUGUUGCUGAAACUACCAAAAGGGUAGUUCGAAAAAAGAAAAAAAAUGGCACAUUCGCAAGGAACGGACCGAAAGAAGAGUGAAGUGAUUCGUCUAGAGCGCGAAUCUGUCAUUCCAAUUCUGAAGCCCAAGCUUAGAAUGACUCUGGCCAACCUUAUUGAACAUAGUUCCGACCGAGCUGAGUUUUUGAAGCUUUGCAAUAGAAUAGAGUACACAAUUCGAGCUUGGUACCUUCUUCAAUUUGAGGACUUGAUGCAACUCUACUCGCUAUUUGACCCUGUACAUGGGACACAAAAGUUGGAACAGCAGAAGUUGGCUUCAGAAGAAAUUGAUGCACUUGAACAAAAUUUCUUGACAUACCUUUUUCAGGUCAUGGAAAAGAGCAACUUUAAGAUAGUUACUGAUGAUGAGAUUGAUGUUGCACAUUCAGGCCAGUAUCUUCUGAAUCUUCCCAUUACUGUUGAUGAAUCUAAGCUUGACAAGACACUUCUGAAGAAAUAUUUUGAAGAGCAUCAUCAUGAUAACCUUCCGGAUUUCUCUGAUAAGAAAGUGGACAUGCUCAUUGGACGUUUUUGGGCAUAUCUGUUGAGACUAACUAGGUUGGAAAAGCUUUUAUCUAGAAGGUCAAAAAGGCAUGAUAAGAAAGAUCCAACGAAAGUCAAUGAAAUUAACCCUGAAGAAAAUGGGCAGGACCUUUAUGUUGAACGGAUACGACUUGAAAAUAUGGAGCUAAGAUUCCGUAAUUUGUUGGGCAAGACCUUAAUCCAAGAACCGACAUUUGAUAGGAUAAUUGUUAUCUACAGGAGAGCUGGUAACAAAUCAAAAGCAGAACGAGGAAUAUUUGUGAAGCAUUUCAAAAACAUUCCAAUGGCUGAUAUGGAAAUAGUUCUUCCAGAAAAGAAAAACCCUGGAUUAACUCCAAUGGAUUGGGUCAAAUUUCUUGGAUCAGCUAUAGUUGGGCUGGUUGCUGUAGUUAGUUCACUUGAAAUGCCUUCAGCUGAUUGGUGGGUCAUCAUUGCUGUUCUCUCCACAGUAAUUGGUUAUUGUGCCAAGACUUACUUCACGUUCCAACAAAACUUGGCUCAGUAUCAAAAUUUGAUUACACAGUCAAUGUAUGACAAACAACUGGACAGUGGAAAGGGUACACUUCUUCAUCUGUGUGAUGAUGUCAUUCAACAGGAGGUCAAAGAGGUAAUAGUUUCAUUCUUUAUUCUGAUGGAACAAGGCAAAGCUACAAGACAGGAUCUUGAUCAAUGGUGUGAGGAACUAAUCAAAGAAGAGUUUAACGAAGAAUGUAAUUUUGAUGUGGACGAUGCAGUUCAGAAAUUAGAGAAAUUGGGAAUUGUUACUCGGGAUUCUAUUGGUCGGUAUCAAUGUGUUGGGCUAAAACGAGCUAAUGAGAUCAUUGGCACCACCACUGAAGAGCUUGUCCUCAAGGCAAGACAGGGAAACAUUACUCCUUGAUGGCUUUCUCAAAAGGUGCUUAUCUGUUUCAUGUACAUGCCAGUGUUUGUUAAUAAUGAUAAUUCUGAAAUUGCCUAAAGUUAUAGAAUUUUUCUUGACACAAUACUAGAUUGAUGUCUCAUUUCUUAGAUGGAAGAAGUUAGAUAAUUUCUGCUUUCUGUCUACCGGCUUCUGUAUGUAAGUCUAUGUCAAUGUGCUUUCUAUAUUUUAUUCUUUUUUCAAUCAUUCCUGUGUUAAUUCCCUGAUUCUGAAGCAUACUCGAUUACAAUGUUUGGCCUAGUUAAUUAUUUUCAAUUUUAUACAUGUAAUUUAAUGCAAUUACCACUUGAUGUUACCCCAAUAAAUGUUAUAUCAAUUAUGGGUCAUAGCUAGGACUAGUAUCGGUCGCAAAUGUCUUGCUUCCAUAGUCAGGUGAAAGAUAAGAUAUUUGAUGAGGGGACGGAUCGGUGUUCAGUAAGUACUUGUAUUUUUUCAACAUUUUCUAUCAUAAUUGAUGGGGGAUUUUAG